AUGUGCGAGCGCACCGGGAAGUCUGAGACAGCUCGUCGCACGGGUCGCAGCUCAUCAGAUGCUCCAACGUUAAGCAAGCAUGCCUUCGACUUCCCAAAGGCCGAAGUCAACAAUUGGCCCCUUACGCUUGAAGACACGCACGUCACAAGCACCCUUUCCUGGUGCCAACACGAGGACUUGCGAGCGCUCUCCAUCCCGCUGUAUGACCUUAUGGGUGAUGAAACAUUGGUCGCAGCACAAGCGUUCAUGCGGGAUGGCGUCCCUGGCGCCGUGGUGUGGCUGGGCUACAGCUGGAUGGACGGGCCACAAGAACACUGGGGUCACCUGCUGUUCAACCUGAUCUCUGACUUCGCGAGGGGUAGCCCCCAGGAAUCUACGACCCACACUGAAACAUCCGCUCUGUCCUCCCCAAGCGCAUCCCCGUCCUUGGACAACAUCUUCUUAAUCGCCUCCUCUUCCGCCUCUGGCUCGGAUGGUGCCCUGACGGAGGCCGUCCGCCGCCUCAUCCAAGACAUGUCAUCCGUGGGGCCGGCAGUGUAUCCACCGCCGCCCUCACCUGACCCGCCCGGCCACCCUUCACCGACCUCACCGCUCCCGCAUCCCUCAACGCCCAUGCCUCCAUCGGACCCCUUGAUGCCGCCAUCCUCGCCACCCAAGCCGCCCAGGCCGCCCAAGAAGCCGCCUCUCCGUAAGCGCCCACCACCCGCCAUGCCCCCAACCCAGACGCCACUCCAAC